UAACGGCUGCCCUGUAGUUUGCAGCUUCCGCUGCCCAAAGCCUCUCCACUACACUGAUUCUUCGUCCUCUGUUCAUCAGCGAUCAAAGUCCAAGCUCCAAAAUGAGAUAUUCAUGGCGAUUGCUGCUUCUCCGCACUUACACUCGCUCAUCGCUCCACGUCUCGUCCAAUUCUCCCCAUCUUCAGCGCCAGGUAAAGGCCUCUUGCUCGCCGUAUCUCUCGUCCCUUCGUACGCUCCCCCAGCUAUCUCCGUCUCUAAGCCCUCGUCAUUUCUCUUCCGAGCCAAUGGCUGAGCCGAUCAAGGAUUCGGAUAAUCAUCAUAUGCUUGUGUCAGAUGUGUUCACUAAGUUCAGCGACGUCAAUGAUAUAGGGAGAGAGUUGGAACAAUCUGGGGUGGUUCUUACUCAUGAUUUGGUGUUGAGAGUGUUGAAGUCUCUGCAGUCUAAUGUCGAUGCAGCUAGACGGUUUUUUGGUUGGGUUUCUGAGAAGGAUGAACAGAGGUUGAGCUCCAAAGGGUAUAACUGGAUGCUAGGGAUUCUAGGCACAAAUGGUUGCACGGUGGAGUUUUGGGUUUUCGUUGAAACGAUGGCGAAAAAGGGUUAUGGUAUGUCGAGGGUUACACACGAUAGAGUGAAGGAUAAAUUUGAGAAAGAGGGACUUGAUAGUGAUCUAAGGAAGUUGAGUGCAGUUUUUGCAUCAGGAUCUACAGACGAUUCGAUGGAGAAGCUUGGUGUAAGAAUUUCUAGGGUCAUAAGAAAUAAUGUUUGGUCGGAGGAUGUCGAAACACAGAUAAAGGAAUUCUAUGUCACAUUUUCAACAGAUUUGGUGAAAACCGUGGUGGAUAGUUUAGCAAUGGAACCAAACAAAGCCUUGAUAUUCUUCAGGUGGAUUGAUGAGAGUGGGUUGUUUACUCAUGAUCAGGGUAGUUACAAUGCGAUAGCCAGAGUUCUGGGGAGGGAGGAUUGUAUAGAUAGGUUCUGUAAGGUUACAGAUGAAAUGAAGAGCAAGGGGUAUGAACUGGAGGACGAGACUUUUGCUAAGGUAUUGGGACGAUUUGCCAAAAGAAAACUGCACAGUGAGGUUGUCGACUUGUACGAGUUUGCUAUGGCUGGUGCAAACAAGCCUCCAUUGUCUUGCUGCGUCUUUAUAUUGAGAAAGAUAGCAGCAGCCAAGCAGCUGGAUAUGGGUCUAUUCUCAAGGGUAAUGAAGAUCUAUACUGGAGCUGGGAAUGCAUUAACUGACUCUAUGCUUGAUUCAGUUCUCAAAUCUCUAACCAGUGCUGGUAGAUUUGAAGAGUGCAACAAAGUCGUGAAAGAAAUGAAGGAAUAUGGAUUUACCGCUAGUGGAAAUAUGCAGGGUAAGAUUGCAUUCAAACUUGGUAGUUCCCAUAAGAAGAACGAAGCAAAUGCUUUUCUGGAAGCUUUUGGAAGCUGUAUAGAAAAGAAAGCUUGGGUACCACUAAUCAAAGGCCACUGUGCAUCUGGUGAUCUUGAAACAGCAUCUGCUUGUUUCCAACAGAUGGCUUCGAAACUAGGUAUUUGUAAUACUGCUAGUUAUGCCUUUGAAUUGUUGGCAUCUGCUUAUUGCGGCAAGGACCAAGCAACAGAAGCAUGCAGUAUUCUACAUCAAUGUGUCAAGGAAAACCAAUUGAAGCCCUUUCAAACUACUUACAAGCUUCUGAUAAGCAAGUCUUUGGUUCAGGAGGGCGGGUUUAAGGAUGCUGUGAGUCUUUUGGAUUCUAUGAGAUCCCACGGAUUCCCGCCUUUUGUGGAUCCAUUUAUUAGUUACUUAUCCAAGAAUGGAACAGCUGAUGAUGGUGUCAUAUUUUUGAAGUCGAUUACUGCUUCUAAGAAAUUUCCAUCUACUCCUAUGGUGCUCCAAGUGUUUGAAGCAAUCUUGAAAAGUGGAAGGCGUAGCGCCGCCCAAGAUCUCCUCUCAAAAUGCCCAGGAUAUAUUCGGGAACAUGCUGAUGUCUUGAAUCUUUUCUCUUCUUCAUUUAAACCUGUUCGAGCUCCUGCUGCAGUUCCUGUGUCUGCGUAGCAGGUUAGGCUGCAAAAUGUACUUCUCUAUAUUGGACUAGAUAUAGUUCCCAUAUGUUUACAAGUUGUCUGCUUUAAAAAAUUUGACAGCUUAUUCGAGCUUUCUCUCUAUGUUCACCAUUAAACGCAUUUGUUAGAGGUUUACUGAAUAACUGUGGUCAUGUUUGCUUGAAAAUCAAUGCUUCAUUUGUGGUAUGGGUUUGAUUUUUAGUGGUUGAUAUGGUCAGGCUCUUCAUUUUCAAAAAACUUGUAUAGCGGGUUAGAUAAGGUCCUUAAGGAAGAUCUUAAACCCCUUUCAACCGAGAAGGAGAGAAAAAAUGAUGAGUAAUUAUUGGGUAACUACCUACCUAAUACGUUAAAGGGUAAGACAGGGAUAUACAAAAUAUUUAAUGAUACAAUUAAUUAAAAUGAAAAUGGCGAAAACCCACACAAACGUUGAAUUAAUUGGGGUUUCGAGAAUCAAUCUCCUCCCAACCCUAAAACCAUUUAUCCUCCAACAAUCGCCAUCGUGCCGCGCAGCCGACGGGGCUCUUGCUUUAUGGCGUAUGGUCUCACUGAACUGUCGUUGCGUUACCAUCCACCGUCGCGCCUCGUCUCUCCCGUGACGCCUCACUUGUCGUCGUCGCAGGCCACUUCCUUUCAUAAGCGUCGGCAACCUUCAUCAGUGUUCUACUUCGCCGGCGUAGCGACGAUAACGCGGCCCGCGUGGCUAGCCUUUCGAAUGGUUUUUUGGGUAGUAUAUAUCGUUGCCUGGUCAUAUUGUGUUGGAUUUGUUUUUCGUAGAAAGGUUUUAUGGAUAGAGUAUCAUUUGUUUUGUUAAUGAUAUUAAUGUCUUAAUGUUUUUUUCCCCCAAAGUCUGUCUUUAUUAAAAUCAAUCAAGCCAAAGAGAACAAAAGUGCGCGGGAGUCGACCAAUAGCCGAACUCUCGAUGAGAGGGCCUUUUGCGCCACAAGAUGGGCAACCCUAUUGAGUUGACGGGACACAAACAAGUAAGAAACUCUGCUACAACGAGAGGCCAAACACCGAACGUCCUCCAGAAUAGCUCCUCCGCGAUCAUGAUUCAAGUCACCACCCACCAUUCGCCGGAUAAGUAGUUGGGAAUCCCCAUGAAAAUUAACAAAGUGAAAAGAAUGUGUUAGACACCAUUGGACUGCAUCUCUUAAUGCUAAACAUUCCAUGAUGAAUGGAUCAUGAAUUCCAUCAUUACUUCCCAAGGGCAAAGAGUAAGUUACCUGACAGUUGGUAUCCAACAAAUCCAAUACUCCCUCCUUGCCCACGUUUAGCGGCACCAUCGAACCAAACAUUAAUCUUCGUUGGGGUGUGGUAUGGACCUGGCAGGGCCUCUGUGAGAGCUUAGACGAGACACUGUGUUGGCUUGUGGGGCAGGAUUACCAGCUGGUUGAUGUGGGGAGCCUCUGUCCAGAGCGCGCCAUUCCUCCACCUGUCGCUGAAACUGUCUAAACAAGGCCGCUGGGAGGUAUUGAAUAUGCUCAUGAAUUGCCCAGCAUCUCCCCUUCCAGAGGCGCCAUACAAGGAACACUACAUCGGCUAAUUGAGUUUUAGACAGGUUCAUAGAGAAAAAUAAAUGGUUCCAUGCAUCAUCAGGAUUCAUGCCACCGAGUGCCACACGCCAUUCCUCGAGAUUAGCUUUGCUCCAUAAGCCCCUAGCGAUCCUGCAUGAGAAAAAGAAAUGGGAAAAGGACUCUGGUCCCUCCGAGCAGAUUGGGCAAGUCGAGUCAGUAACAACAGUCUUGGUAAAGAGAACCGUCUGCAAAGGGAGGAAGCCACGCACAGCCCGCCAGCAAAAGUGCUUUAGUUUCAGAGGAACAAGGAUGCUCCAGAGAAUUUUCCAAAAUCGAGACUCAAAAGGGAGGGCGGCCGGGGGAUGCUGCUGGUUGAAUUCAGUCGAUAGCAGUUGAUAACCUGUCUUAACUGUAUAGAUUCCGGAGGGUGAAUAAUGCCAAACCUACUUAUCAGAAGCGAAUGAAAUGGGAAGGGGAAUGGACAAGAUAAGUGCCACGCUUUCUGGCGAGAAUAAGGAUUCCAAUAAAGUUUUAUCCCAAGAGUGGGAAUCCAAACAAAUCAGAUCCGAGACAAAAGAAGGUAAGGAAGACACACCUGAUCAUACCACGGGCCAGGAGGGGGGAGAAGUAGGCAGCCAGUUGUCUUGGAUAAUUCGAAUUCGGGAUCCGUCACCAACCUACCAUCGUAAGCCUCGAAUGAAUAAGUCUCUUCCUUCCAAGACGCUCUGCCAAGCCCACGAAGGUCGAUUUCCAGUUGUUGCCUCGAGGAAGGAUAGAUGGGGAUGAUACCUCGCCUUGUACAUUUGAGCAAUGUGGCUGGUGGGAUUACCCAGUAUACGCCACGCCUGCUUAGCUAAGAGAGCAAUGUUAAAAAGGUUAAAAUCACUGAAUCCUAACCCACCAAUAAAUUUACUCUGGCACAUUGCAUUCCACGAGAUCCAGUGUAUGCCCUUCUCCUUAUCUUGCCUUGCCCACCAGAACUUCGACAGCUGUCCAUUACACCUACGACAAGUCUCGUGCGGUAGCCUAAAAGUUUAUAAUGCUUGAGAAGAUUUUAAUAACAAUAUUUAUUCGAACAUGUUAAAACGUUAACGAGGUUAAUAAUAUUGUUUGUGUAAAAAAUGUUGAUAAUAUUGGGAAAAGUUAAUAAUGCACUGACAACGCUGAACUGUAAUAGUAUAGUGAUAUUAAUUUGGUUGAUCAUGAUUUUAAUAACGUUGAUUGGAAAAAUUAAUAAGGCAUCUUUACACAUUGAUCUUUUUGAUAACGUUGAUUAUAUUAUUGAAAACGUUGAUGAUAUUAUUAAUAGCGUAAUAUAAUAUUGUUGAUAGG